AUGGAGUUGAUUCCUCGCUCUUACAAGUUUUGGAACUAUGCUCCAUCAAUCCCUGCAGCAGUCAUAUUUAUGCUACUCUUCCUGGCCUUGACUGUGCUCCAUUCCUGGAAGUUGUUCAAGACAAGGACAUGGUUUUGCAUCGCUUUCACUAUAGGUGGUUUCUUUCAAAUCAUCGGAUAUAUUGGUCGUCUCGUGGCACAUAAUAAUACGACUACCAUGGGACCCUAUAUAGUAGCCAACAUAUUCAUUCUCCUGAGCCCUACCCUCUUCGCUGCUUCUAUCUAUAUGACCUUGGGUCGUAUAAUUCGUUCUGUUGGAGGAGAGCACCUUUCCGUGAUCAGAGUCUCGCGUUUGACGAAAACAUUUGUCUGGGGAGAUGUUCUGUCAUUCGUCGUCCAAGGAAAUUCUUCCUCGCUUUCAGUCUUGGGAUAUGAGACGUGGGCCAAAGUUGCAGUUGUUGGAGGUCUCGCAAUCCAGCUUGUAUCUUUCUCGAUCUUUUGGCUCACGGCCAUCAUAUUUGAAAAGAGAAUUCGCCGCUCGCCGACCCCCGAAUGUCUCAUACCUGGUAUUCCAUGGCAGAAAGCAUUGUAUAUGCUCUAUGCAGUCAGUGCUUUGAUCAUGAUUCGCUCCAUCUUCCGCAUCAUCGAGUAUGUUCUCGGGAAUGAUGGCUAUCCUUUGGCGCAUGAGUGGACACUGUACAUCUUUGAUUCUGUUCCGAUGGCGAUCGUCAUGGUCGUUUUCUUCCUUUGGUAUCCGAGCGAAUUGCAGAAGAACAAAGAUAUAGAGGGGAAUAUCCCGCUUGCUCAAAGCUAUUCGAACUUACAUGGGUAA